AAAAAAAUCAAAAGAGAAACGGAUCUUAUGAUUACAAAACGUUAACAGGAAAACAAACUUGAAUACUUACAAAGCUUGAAGGAAGCACAUUGCACAGGACACCAUCCACGCCAGACAGUCUCAUUAAUUCUACACAAGCAACAACCAAAGCACCCCUUCAGUAACCAAAGAGAGACAACACGGAGCGCCAAACACGUGGAGCUCAGGAAGACUUGAGCACCUUUUUUGUCUUCCCGCCGCGACUCCGGAACUGAAGGAACCAACACUCAACACCUUCCAACUUGAACACCACACACAGAAACCUGACUUAUUCUUAGAUGACCCAACCUAAACUUACCUUAUGGAAACUAAUCUAAACUAACCACACACAGAAAAUGGAGAAGAACCCAUAGCUCAUUUUCUACUCAUCGCGAAAUAUAUGGAACAAAAAAAAAAAAAAUACUAUUCUUUUCAUUUGCAGUAUCAGAGUUAGCCUUUCACGUUUAUUUCUCAUCCUCCAUUUUCUGCUUUUCUUCUUGUUCUCCUUCCUUUAAUUUUGUAGUAAGCAAGGGAUGGUGUUACGACACAUCUUAUAAAACGAUUCCUGCUCUUAGUAUAUUUAACCAAAACGGGAUACAUUGAGCGGACAACACACUUCAUAUAUACAAAACAAUAAAUCGACUAUGAUCAUUGCUGGUGACAAUAAUGACUUAACAUAUAAGCAUACUUUCUCCUCAGCUGAGAAUGAUCCACCUCUUGCUCUUCCUGCUUGUCACUGAUGCACGAAAUAACAUCACAGGUCGUAUUAUUUCCUUGGCUAUGUAAGCGCGGGACUAAACUUGACCACCUGCGAACAGUGACAAGACUGUUAUUUUACUUGACCCCAAAAAUAUGCGUCAGUUAUGUUGUGUGAAUGGGAAUUUGUGGUGAGGUUUUCUACGGCUAUAAAUGACCAUCAGACCGUGGUGGCGUGAAGAUGUUAGUGGAAUAUUAGUAGUGCACACGUCAUCAUGUAUAGACAGAGACAGAUAAUGGAGAUAACCGACUGAUAAAAACGAAUACUUAGAGAAAUGAAAAUACAAAGGCAUAUAGAUAUAUUACAUCUAUGCUUUUGAAGGGAGUGUUCAUGAUUUCAGUGUUGGUUUGGAUACGAUUCAUUAUCAUUAAUGAAAAAAUGCAUCUCUGUCUGCAAUGAAAAUAAUAAACCUUAAUUUUGUAUCUUGCUUAAUUCUUGUAUCUGAUUGCCUUAAGAGCUUAUCACAUCUAGAAUAGAGGCCUCUGAUUGGUGGGCCUGGAGGGUGCCGCAGUGCUUUAGCUCCAAGCUGCUGGGAGCUCCAAGGAGGAGCCACACAAGUAUCCUUAAUAUCACCUAGACGUACCUCAGGACGAACAGUAAGUUCAGGGUAAAUUUGUGCCAAGUCUUAGAUUGCCUACUGAAGACUGGUGCACAGCUGUACACUACGAGACUUAAAAAGAGAAAGAAAACAACAAUCAACGGACGCAUACGAGACCCUCGCCGAGAAGGAGAACACGAAGAACUAGAGAGACACCAAGGAAAACACAAUGAAGAGGAAGUUGGACAGCCUCGAAGACUGCAGCAACCACAAGAAGAGAAAGGACACUGAAGGCUUUAAAGACAAUCAUCGCGUCAAAAGAAUGACAAGAGGAGACAAAAGCCGCGAGAAGAAAGCGGAUCGUGACCAAGAGAUUAAGAAACUCAACACAAAGAGAAAAGAGGAAAGCAUGGAAGACAAUGAGAACCAUAAGAGGAGGAAGGUGGAUGGCGUUAAAAUGGAUACAGAACACAAAAGGCAGAAGAACGGGAAUGACAGAGAAGAAAAAAAGAGGAUGAGGAUGGACUGUUUUAAUCCCAUUAUGGACCGCAUCAAGAAGAGGAAGCAAAAGGACACGGAAGAAGACAAGAACCAGAACAAGAAGAGGAAGACGCAGGAUACUGAAGAACACAGAAACCAAGACAACAAGAGGAAAACCACAGAAGACCUCCAGAAGCAGGUAAAGAAGAGCAAGAGUGAGAACAGUAAAGAACAAAAGAAGCCAGAGAACAUGGAGUGCUGUAAACGCCUUAUGAACAGCAUCAAGAAAUGCAAGAGACAGGUUGCGGAAGGGCACGACAGCCAUACCAAAAAGCGGAAGAAGGAAGACACUGAAGACCACGAGAGUCAGGCAAAGAAGCGGAACAGGCAGGACACAGAGGAACAAGAUAGCCAGGCCAAGAGGCGGAAAAGGGAGGAUGCUGAAGACCACGAGGGCCAGGCAAAGAAGCUUAACAGGCAGGACACGGAGAAACAAGACAGCCAGGCCAAGAAGCGGAGGAGGGAGGAUGCUGAAGACCACGAGAGCCAGGCAAAGAAGCGGAACAGGCAGGACACAGACGGGCCGGCCAAGCAGAGAAAAGGGGACAAGAAAGUGCCAAAAAAGAAGAGGCCGCUGGAGUGUUGUCAUCGUAUCCUUCACUGCCUCAGGAAGAGAUGGCGAGACAGCGAGGACGUGCUGAGACUCAAGCUGGAGGCCGAAAGAGUCAAGGAGAAGAGGAGUGUGAGCGGGUACCGCCGUGUUCACAUGGAGGAAGGAAACAUGGUGGAUGCGACCGUGCGCGGCCACCCGUGCCUUGUCUUGUUUGACACCGGCUCCUCAGUCAGCACCUUGGUCUUGUCACUGGGCCAGAGGCUCGGCAUCGUCACGGGCCGCGAGGAGACGGUAAAGAUACGCAUCAAUACCUGGAUUGGCGUGCUGCAGUUGGACGUGAUAAAGCUGGACGAGGUGGUGGUCGUACUGAAGGGCGGCGUGGUGGUCAACACGCCCUUAGUGGUGUUUCCACAGGACAUGGAGAUGUGCUACAGCGCCGAACGAAUAGUGAUGUCUAUGAGCCGCCUGCAGGAGGCCGAAAUGCGACAGGAGUUCCACCUCAACGGCAGCAGCAGUCUAUUCCUGCGUCACCCUGAACGUUUGUGGCAGAGAUACGAGACGCGGCGCAAGGGCAAAGUCUUCACGUUUGCCGCACGAACACCAGGCAUCGAAGAGCCGCUGACGGUGCUGGUGGACACAGGCACCGAUAUACCGUUCUGUAUCACCAAGACCGGCCUGGACAAGGUGCGGCGCAGGACAGACAGGUGGACUCUGCCGCCAGGACGAGUGCGGCUGCAGUUUGACAGCGGCACAGACAUACUGCGGGAUAUAAAAAACACCCAGGCGCGUUCCUUUUUUCACUUCGUGCUUGGACGACCGCUGCUCUAUCAAUUACACGCAGUCAUCGAUUACGUUGAUUCGUCCAUAACUUUGAGUCUCAAAAGAAAGCAAUUCCGGCUGAACCUCCUCUCCCGCUGAGCGCGCCGUGUUGCCGCGUCCUCUCAGCACCUGCGCGGAUUUUUUUUUUCUUUUUUUUCUCAUGCAUUAAGGAGAUGAGCAGAGGGAAGAUUUAAAUUAAUGAAAACACCGCUUAAAUACACUUUCCCACCGAAAAAAAAAAGUGAAUAUAGUGAAGAAAAUUGUCUGGAUUAAGGAUACUAGAUUAAUGAAAUUAUGAUUACCGAUUGUACAUUAAGCAAACACUCUCGUUUAAGGAAAUAAUGUGGAUACGAAAAUUAAGAUUAAGGAUUGUAGAGUAAGGAAACUGUCAGGAAUAAGGAAAUAGUCUGAAUUAAGGAAAUUAACAAUGAGGAUUGUAGAUUAAGGAAACAGUCUGGAUUAAGGAUUGAAGAUUAAGGAAAUGAUCUGGAUCAAGGAUUAUAGGUUAAGAAUUUAAGAUCGAGGAAAUAGUCUGGGUUACGGAUUGCAGAUUAAGGAUUUAAGAUUAAGAAAAUAGUUUGGAUUAAGGAUUUUACAUUAACGAAAUAGUCUUUUUUAAGGAUUUUAGAUUAAGAAUUUAGAAUUAAGGAAACAGUUUGGUUUAAGGAUUUUAGAUUAAGGAAAUAGUCUGGAUUAAAUAUUGUAGAUUAUGGAUUUAGGAUUAAGGAAGUAGUCUGGAUUAAGAUAAUAGAUUAAGGAUUUUGGAUUAAGUAUUUAGGAUUAAGGAAAUAGUCUGGAUUAAGGAUUUUAGAUUAAGGAAAUGGUCUGGAUUAAGAAUUUUAGAUUAAGGAUUUAGGAUUAAGGAAAUAGUCUGGAUUAAGUAUAUUACAUUAAGGAUUUUAGAUUAAGAAAUUAGGAUUAAGGAAAUAGUCUGGAUUAAGGAUAUUAGAUUAAGGAUUUUGGAUUUAGGAAAUAGUACGGAUUAAGGAUUUUACAUUAAGGAAAUAGCCUAUAUUAAGGAUAUUAGAUUAAGGAUUUUAGAUUAAAGAAAUAGUCUGGAUUAAGGAUUUUUGAUUAAGGAUUUAGGAUUCUGGAAAUAGUCUGAAUUAAGGAUAAUAGAUUAAGGAUUUCAGAUAAAGGAAAUGCUCUUGAAUAAGGAUUGUAGAUUAAGGAUUUAAGAUUAAGGAAAUAGUCUGGAUUAAGGAUUUUAGAUUAAGAAAGUAGUAUGGAUUAAGAAUUUUAGAUAAAGAAAAUAGUCUGGAUUAAAGAUUUUAGAUCAAGGAUUUAGGAUUAAGGAUUGUAAAUUAAGGAAAUAGUCUGAAUUAAGGAUUUUAAAUUAAGGAAAUAGUCUGGAUUAAAGAUUGUAGAUUAAGGGCAGUCUGGAUUAAGGAUUGUAGAUUAAGGAAAUAAUCUGGAUUAAGGAUUGUAGAUUAAGGAAAUAAUCUGGAUUAAGGAUUGUAGAUUAAGGAAAUAGUCUGGAUUACGGAUUGUAGAUUAAGGAUUUAGGAUUAAGGAAAUAGUCUGGAUUAAGGAUUUAUGAUUAAGAAAAUAGUCUGGAUUAAGGAUUGUAGAUUAAGGAAUUAAAAUUAAGGAAAUA